CCGUCAAAUUUUGAGGUUAGGAAUUUGUUUACCUCCACAAGGAAAAAUGUGGCCAAGACGAAUUUUGGAGUAUUCAUUAUCCCCAGUUAUUUUUUGUGAAUUAAAGUCGUUCUGAAAUAAGUGAAGCAAAAUUAGCAGCCUAUAAUAUCAUAUAAUUAACAUCAAGUCAAAAGUCACUUCAUAAAUCAGCGCUCUGAGUUUCCUGUUAACAACUUUCCAUCUGUUACCGAACUUCUCCACGAUCGGAACAUGUUUCCCACCAGUACUCAAAGGAAGUCAUGGAUGUUUUCUGAUGAGAAGGACCUCACUCGCCUUCGUGAAGCAGCAAAUCGAAAAUUCAUCGCUCAACACAGGAAGAAUAUGACAGACGAAGAGUGCGCCCAAUACUUCUUGAGCGCCCCCGAGGAAAGUACUUUGAUUAAACGCUACGAAUAUCACAUGAGGGAGUUUUGUCGUCGCUUUGUUCCUCCAAUGCCCAGGACUGUAGCCGGCACUGCAUUCCAUUACCUGAAGCGGUUUUAUGUGAAAAAUUCUGUCAUGGACUAUCAUCCAAAAGAAAUUUUAGUAACUUGCGUGUAUCUAGCUUGCAAAGUGGAAGAAUUUAACGUAUCAAUUGAACAAUUUGUUAGCAACAUCAAAGGUGAUACUAGCAAAGCUUCUAAUAUUAUUCUAAAUAAUGAACUAUUAUUAAUGCAGCAACUGAACUAUAAUUUAACAAUUCACAACCCAUUUCGUCCUGUUGAGGGCUUUAUCAUAGACUUAAAAACACGUAGUAAUUUACAUAACCCUGACAAUCUUAGGACUGGCAUAGAUGAGGCACUGGAUCAGCUAUUUCUAACUGAUGCCUGCUUACUUUAUGCCCCAUCUCAAUUAGCACUUGCUGCCACUCUACAUUCUGCCAGGAAAAAUAAGGAAAAUCUUGACUCUUAUGUUACUGAGACACUUUUAGGACCUAAUGCUGAGAAAGAAUUGAGUGAUUUAAUAGAAAUUGUUCGAAAAAUUCGCUCUUUAUUAGUAAAACAGCUUGAAACACCGUCCAACCAACAAAUUAAGAUAAUUGAAAAAAAAUUGGAAGCUUGUAGAAAUCAGGAAAAUAAUCCAGAAAGUGAGAUUUAUAAACGAAAAAUGCAGGACCUUUUAGACGAUGAGGAAGAAUUCCAAGCAAAAAAAUAUGCUAAACUAUUGAAGGAACAAGCUCGCAAGGAAACAAAAAUUAUCGGAAUUAACAGGAUUAUAUCACCAUCAGCCUAAUAUUAUCCUUCGAAUUAAUUCAAAUUUCAUCAUUUUUAUAAUUUCUGCAACUAUUUUCUUUCCCCUACUAAUAAUAUGUGUUCCCUUUAAGUUUUUUUGCUUCAUUCCAAGCUUUCAAAAAACUAUGAAAGGACCUUUAAGUGCCAUCAAAGUGGAAAACCAUUUUGUUAUCUUCUAACAACCAUAUACCAACAUUUACCUCUUAAGCAAUUUUAUUUUAAUUUUUCUCUUAGUGUAUAUGCUGAAUAAAUUAAUAUUUAAUAUGAAUUUUCUCUAA